AUGGCUGUUGGCCCUCGCGUGUCCAAGGAGGACUUUAUGCAUGCGUUGGGUCUCGAUGCGAAUAACCCUCAACAUGAACCUUUUUAUCGAGCAAUGAGAGAUGAAGCCAUUGUUGUGUACAACAUAUUGAACCAGGACAAUUCAAACCUACUUGAAAACCUGAGAAACGACCCUUCAAUCCGACCACCGUUUUUUUGGCACCACAUCCGACCAGAGAGACAACGAUGGGGAAUUCUAGAAAUUUGGCGAAACUCCAAACCGGUCACACGAGCGUGGUUCGACCGCGGUAUUACAGACGGAGAAUAUGGGCCCAACUGGGUAACAGGGUGGCUGUUGUACAGCGUGUUCCGUUCUCGAGACGUUCGAAAUAAUCGUAAUCGCCGGAAAGGCGAAGACGGAGGGUCUGGGAAUUCGGGUGGUACCCAAUCCCCGUUCACCUUGUUGACAUAUUGUUUCCCGCAUUCAAAAACUGAUAGACAAUUUUGCCAUUAG